CACCCCCUUAUAUCAGCCAGGCUCACGAGGGCAGCGCUGGUGGAGUGUGACCCUGACGUCCCCCGGCCCCUUACCCACCCUCUCCGGCCAUGGAUGACAUUUAUAAGGCAGCGGUUGAGCAGCUGACAGAAGAGCAAAAAAAUGAGUUCAAGGCUGCCUUUGACAUCUUCGUGCUGGGGGCAGAGGACGGUUGCAUCAGCACCAAGGAGUUGGGGAAGGUGAUGAGGAUGCUGGGGCAGAACCCCACCCCUGAAGAGCUGCAGGAGAUGAUAGACGAGGUGGAUGAGGAUGGCAGCGGCACUGUAGAUUUUGAUGAGUUCCUUGUUAUGAUGGUCCGGUGUAUGAAAGAUGACAGCAAAGGAAAAACUGAAGAGGAACUUUCAGAUCUCUUCAGGAUGUUUGAUAAAAAUGCUGAUGGGUACAUCGACCUUGAGGAACUGAAGAUCAUGCUGCAGGCAACGGGAGAGACCAUCACCGAGGAUGACAUAGAAGAACUGAUGAGAGAUGGUGAUAAAAACAACGAUGGCAGGAUUGACUAUGAUGAGUUCCUGGAGUUUAUGAAGGGAGUUGAAUAAAUCUGAGGCCAGAUUGACAGCCUGAAUCUCCUAAACCCCUCCAAGCUCUGCAUCUCGUCUCCUUGUCUAAGUCCCCUGGCUACCGGCAUGAAGACUCAGUGCUGAGAAGGGUGGCCACUGGGAAAAUAAAAUGUGUUAAUACAAAGUGCUUCAGAUGGUUGUUCCUUGGAGGUUUAAAAAGACCUUCACCCUGGUCACAUACCCAAUGACUAAUGGGGCCGCUCCUUGGGGAUGUGUCAAGAACCCACAAGCUGUGUCUGGCAAGGUGACUUCACAGCUGGAGCUUUAAACCUCUGAGGACGUAUUUCGCUGCCAGCUCAGCAGCAAAGCCUGGCCCAUGGGACCACGGGUGCUCAGUGUGAAGCUGCCAUGUUGCAUCUCCUCACCCCUGCCAUAGUGAGCAGGCUCAGGAGCCAGCAGUGGUGCCUGCUGGUUUAUCUGGAGCAUUGGCAGCCUUUUAGCGACAAAAUGUGGAUUAAAACCCACUUACGCCACCGCUGAAAUCCACGAGAGAGGGACAGUCCUUCUCCUUCCCACUCUUGUGCUGGCUGUCCUGAAAGGACAUCCCUUCCUCCUCCCUGCCAUCCUGAUGGCCAUCCUGUAGCAUAUGCAGAAAGAGGAUCUCAAUUUU